CGAUAAAGAAAACUUCGUUCAUGUCGUAAUAGCCCUGGUCGGGAUCGCCACAGCGGAUACGACCUUGGAGCCAGGGGAACGUGAGUUUGAACAUGGGUUGCUGCAUUCUUAAAGUCAUGGACGCGACCACGACUGAAUUGGUCGAGAUGUGCAGUCGUACGCGUCUGAACUCCCCCCACAAUGUCUGCCUCUAUCGACGACAUCCAGGUCGCAAAGACGGCGCAAGUAGCCCAGUCCGUGGCCGCGGAAAGCCAGAAAACCACGCCGAGCGACAGUGCCCGUCCUUCUGCAGACAUACCAGCGCCAGAAAACGGCAUAUCAGGCUUCUUCCACUGGCACGAGCCCGGCUGCAGCGCCGAAGAAAAACGCCUAAUCUUCAAACUCGACUGGUUCCUGCUCUCCUACUCAUGCCUCUGCUUCUUCAUCAAGUACCUCGACCAAACCAACAUCUCCAAUGCCUACGUAUCAGGCAUGCAAGAAGAGCUGGGCUUCGGCGCCGGGAACGAGCUGUCGUGGAUGAACACCUUCUUCAACGUGGGCAUGAUCAUUGGUGCGCCCGUGGCCAAUUUGAUUAUCACGGUUAUUCGCCCGAGGUUUUGGCUGCCGUUUUGUUUGAUCACUUGGUCCUUGUUUGUGCUAUUUUUGUAUAAGUGUAACACGGCGGAGCAGUUUUAUGGGUUGCGGUUUUGUAUUGGGUUGUUUGAGUCGGCGGCUUGGCCGGGGAUUACGUAUACGCUUGGUUGUUGGUAUCGCAAGAGCGAGUUGGCGAGACGCUCCGCGCUUUUUGUCAUCUCGGGCGUGUUGGGACAGAUGUUCUCUGGAUACCUACAGGCAGCGUUAUAUUCAGGCAUGGAGGGUAAAGGUGGAAUGUCCGCUUGGAGAUGGUUGUUCAUCUUUGAUUUCGUCAUCUCCAUCCCGGUGGCAAUCUACGGCGUGUUGUGCUAUCCCGACACCCCCCACACAACUGGCGCCUGGUACCUCAACGAAUGGGAACGCAACCGCGCCCGCGAGCGCAUCGAGGAAGAAGGCCGCAAGCCCGUCGGCAAGCUUGACUUGUCCGUCUUCAAGCGUAUCUUCACCAGUUGGCAGAUCUAUACCUUCUCUCUAGGCUACGCUCUCUGGUCUCUCACCAUCGGGUCCUACGUCAUGCAGUACUUCGCCCUCUACCUCAAGGCCGUCGGCUGGUUUUCCGUGCCCCAGAUCAACAACAUCCCCACGGCCAUCGGCGCCGUUAACUUUUGCACCAUGCUCACCACGGGUUAUGUGGCUGACAAGAUUGGCCGUCGGGGGCCUGUUUGUCUGGCUGUUGGCCUGAUCCUUGCUUUCUGCUGGGCUGUCUUCACGGCCUGGGACGUACCGCACGGUUUACGCAUGUUCUGCUUCAUAUUGACGGGCGUGUAUGGGUGUUUUACCCCGCUGCUUGCGGGUUGGGUCAAUGAAUCCUGUGGUGGCGAUCAACAGAAACGCGCCUUCGUGCUUGGCUUCAUGACAUCUGUUGGGAGUGCGCUCGUGAUUCCCUUCCAACAAUUGCAAUUCCCAAGCUCGCAGGCGCCGCAUUUCGCAGAGACGCAUGGUUGGGCGAGCGCCCUGGUGUUUGUGGUUGCGCUCACGCUGUGGACCGGGUUUGGAAUCCCGUUUUGUCAGAAGAAGUUCAUGAAGCAGGUUAGGACGGAUGAGUAUGAGUCGGAGGCAGAGAUCGGGGCGUGAUAUUUCGGGACUGCACAUAAAAUACAUCGUGAUUUGG